AUGGAGAUCUUGAUUAGUAGGAUUUCAUUGCAGCCUUAUUGGCUCUUCAUAUUGGUCAUUCUUCUAUCUUUGCAUGUGUUUCCAUCUUCUUCUUCUUCUUCUUUUACGACAUUCGUGUUCGGAGAUUCAUUAGUUGAUGCUGGAAACAAUGACUAUCUUUUCACCCUCUCAAAGGCCGACUCUCCUCCUUACGGUAUUGAUUUUACACCUUCUGGUGGCCAACCUACUGGAAGAUUCACCAAUGGUCGCACCGUAUCAGACAUUGUAGGUGAAGCUCUUGGAGGAAAUGGAAAGUCAUUUCCUCCCCCUUACCUAGCCCCUAACGCAACAUCUAACAUAAUUCUCAAUGGAAUCAAUUAUGCUUCGGGAGCUUCAGGAAUUUUGGAUGAAACCGGGACCUUGUUUAUAGGAAGGGUUCCACUGAGAGUGCAAAUCAACUACUUCGAGGAAAGUAGGAAUUAUAUUGUGAAUGUGAUGGGAGAGAAUGGAACAAACACAUUCUUGAAGAGGGCAAUCUUCUCUCUAACAAUUGGAUCAAAUGAUAUUCUCAACUACUUCCAACCAUCAAUCCCUUUUUUUGAGGAAGACAAGGUUUCCCCUACUCUCUUCCAGGACUUCAUGUUGUCCAACUUCACCAUGCACCUUAAGCGACUGCACGGUUUAGGGGCUCGAAAAUUCAUUGUAGGCGGAGUAGGACCUCUGGGAUGUAUACCAUUUGUGCGUGCCCUCCACCUUGUACCUAAUGGAAAAUGCUCUGUUAAGGUGAAUACGUUGAUUCAAGGAUACAAUACAAGGCUGAUUCAGGUGCUAAAUCAUUUGAAUCGAGAAUUGGGGCCCGAAGCUAUCUUUAUAUAUACAAAUUCAUACCAUGUUGUUGAGGGGAUCAUACGAAAUUAUCGUCACUAUGGUUUUGAGAAUGCUGAGUCACCAUGCUGUGGGGGAUUUUUCCCUCCAUUUGUGUGUUUUAAGGGAAGGAAUGCAAAUGCAAGCUCUGUGAUGUGCGAUGAUCGAUCAAAGUACGUGUUUUGGGAUGCAUAUCACCCCACAGAAGCGGCUAAUAUCAUCAUUGCUCAAAAUUUACUGAAUGGUGAUCAGACUGUUAGCUCCCCAAUCAACAUUCGUCAGCUCUACAACUAUAAUUAAUAG